GAGGCGGUGGAGGAGGAGCAGCAGCAGCGGGGGCCGCUGGAGGAGCGGAGUGUGCAGCCUGCCCUCGCUGUUUUCAUCGCCUCGGGGUGGGACUGGAUCCACGUUUGUUUGUUGGGUUGUUUAUUUAUUCGGGGCGGAGGGCGUCGCAUAUUCCCCCACCACCCUCCCACCCCGCGCCGAUCGGGAGCCAUGGAGUUCAAGGUGGAGGCGCACCGCAUCAUGACCAUCUCGCUGGGCAAGAUCUACUCGUCCCGGGUGCAGAGGGGCGGCAUCAAACUGCACAAGAACCUGCUGGUGUCCCUGGUGCUGAGGAGCGCCCGGGAGGUCUACCUGAGCGAGCAGGAGGAGCUCUACCUGCAGCAGCAGCAGCAGCUGCAGCAGCUACAGCCCCCGCCCGGGGAGCUGCAACUCCCGCAGAGCUGGGCGGCCCGGAGGAGACUCUGCGACGCCGCCGCCGCCCAGGGCCAGCCUCCCCCCGCCUGGGCCGGAGCCGAGGCCGCUUGGACUGAGCGGGAGCGGGCCGAGGGCAGGGUGCGCGGCCCGGGCUGGGCCGACCCGCCCCAGGGCGAGCCCACGGCGGAGGGUCACGCCGGCGGCCGGGAGUGCCCGUCCCGGACGGCGGGCGAGCCGGCGCCGAGCUGCCCGUGCGCCCGCAAGAGGAGGAGCGCCGAGCCCGGCGCGGCGGGGCCCGCCAGCCCGCUGAAACGGGCCAGGACUGAGCGGGAGCCGGCGGCGGUGCCGCGCCGGGCCGCCUGCAUCGCACUCCAGCAGCAGCAGGAGGAGGGGGAGCAGCAGCAGGAGAUGGAGACCUCUCCGAACGUCUCCAGUCUCAUCACCGUCUUCGGCUCCAGCUUCUCCGGGCUCCUGACCAAGGACGGCACCGAGGGGGAGAAUGGCCAGGGGGUCUGCUGCGAUCAAGUACUGGGCGCUAUGGGUUCCUGGAGCAGGGCGAUUGUCGCCUUCUGAGCAACACUUCGACCCCCUUCCUCCUCCUCCUGACUCCUGAGAGACCAGGACUCCUGUGUUCAGUUGGUUCUCCCAUUACCAUCAUUUUUUGUUUUUUUUGGAGGGAAUGGGUUGGGUUUGAAAUGGGGAGUGGGUCCACCCCUCCCUGCCCCAGUAGGAGCCUCUCUACAACCACGUGGAGAUCAGCCUCCCUCUUCCCCCCCCCUCUCCCACCCAGGGUGAGCAAGUGUAUAGGGCCAGGCGUGUGCUGGGCUCCUUUUUUCGUGGGGAGGGGGUUACACUUUCCAUUCUGACUGUGCGGGGGGAGGUCUCGGUCUUAUUUCCCCCCCUCCCUUUUUUAAAAAGUUCUUUGACUUUCGGUUUAAAGCAUCAAUUUGUUUCUUUCCGCCCGAUUCCUGCUUCGUUGGAAGGCAGCAAGGCUUGUGGAUUGUUUGUAUACAGUUCAAUUUUUUUAUACAUGUCUCCAAUGCCUUUUUUAUACAAAACCGAAUGCUGCUGAGGUCGAUACUGAAUCACUUCCCCCAACCCCGAUCCCCGUUGUCUUCCUCGACAAUGAGUUGGGCACGUUUCUGUACUUAAGAGUUGUCUUUGUUCUAUAAAGACUGGAAAAUGUGUUUGGAUUGUUCACUGCUUUUUCUUUUGCUGUAGUACCGUUUGUUGUUUAUAUGAAUGGUGUAAUUUACACGAAUUAAAGGUUAUUUAACUUAA